AUGCCUCCACGGUUACUGUCCCCAUUGCAUCUCACGACAUGCUGUAGUCGAGCCCUGCGACCUUCCACGAACCCCCCGAGCCUCGUCUCCCUCUUCGCUGGCCUGUCCAUCGGUACCACCACCACCACCGCCACCACCAUCCGCAAUGCAUCCAUCCUUGCGAGCUUGAGCGACAACAAGAGCGCCUACAACAAGCGCAUCCGCCUGGGUCGAGGUGCCUCUUCCGGUAAGGGCAAGACAUCCGGAAGAGGUCACAAGGGUCAGGGACAGCACGGCCACGUCAAGCCGUGGUUCCAGGGUGGCCAGACGCCCUUGAUCGUGCAAAGGGGAACCAAGGGUUUUGACAACAAGCGCGCCCCUCGCAUGUCCAAGCUGAACCUCGACAAGCUCCAGCAAUGGAUCGACGCAGGCCGCAUCGACCCCACAAAGCAAAUCACCGUCAAGGAGAUUAUCGAGUCAGGCCUCGUCGGCACCGUGAAGGACGGCAUCAAACUUCUCGGCCGCGGCAAGCAGGACCUGCGCCAGCCCAUCGACAUCAUGGUCUCGCGCGCCUCCGCCUCCGCCAUCGAUGCCGUCGAGGCCAACGGCGGCAAGAUCCUCACGAGGUUCUACACCAAGCAGUCCAUCAAGCGCAUUCUGCGCGGCGAGAGCGAGAACACGGAUAAGCCGCUGCCCGUCGGCAAGGAGUACGUCGCUGGCGUCCUCGCCGAGGCCCGCUCAAAGCCCUUCAAGUACCGCCUGCCCGACCCCACGAGCCGUGAGGACAUAGAGUACUACCGUGACCCCGCCCAUCGCGGCUACCUGAGCCACCUGCUCAAGGAGGGCGAGUCGCCCAGUCUGUACUUCAAGGUGCCCAUCCCGAAAAAGCGUGUGAAGAAUGUCAACCGCCACAACAAGCCAGGGAAGAAGGAGCUCAAGGACGAGCUCCUCUGGUAA